UGCUGUUUGGAUCAGAGCUCAAACUAGUUUCACUUCUAAGAAAUUGAAACUCAGACAGUCAUUGUCACUGAGAGCUAAAAUGGCGCAGCAAGGAGCUCAGCUGGACGGAGCAAAAUUCUGCUGUUCGAUUUGUCUGGAUCUACUGAAGGAUCCGGUGACUAUUCCCUGUGGACACAGCUACUGCAUGAGCUGUAUUAAAGGUUUCUGGGAUGGAGAGGAUGAGAAGAAAAUCUACAGCUGCCCUCAGUGCAGACAGACCUUCACACCCAGGCCUGUCCUGGUGAAAAACACCAUGUUAGCAGAUUUAGUGGAGGAGCUGAAGAAGACUGGACUCCAAGUUGCUCCUGCUGAUCACUGCUAUGCUGGACCUGAAGAUGUGGCCUGUGAUUUCUGCACUGGGAGAAAGCUGAAAGCUCUCAAGUCUUGUAUGGUGUGUCUCGCCUCUUAUUGUGAGAAACACCUCCAACCUCAUUAUGAAUCACCUACAUUCAAAAAACACAAGCUGGUCGACCCUUCCAAGAAGCUCCAGGAGAACAUCUGCUCUCGUCAUGAUGAGGUGAUGAAGAUGUUCUGCCGUACUGAUCAGCAGAGUAUCUGUUAUCUCUGCUCUGUGGAUGAACAUAAAGGCCACGACACAGUCUCAGCUGCAGCAGAAAGGACUGAGAGGCAGAGAGAGCUCGAGGUGAGUCGACAAAACAUCCAGCAGAGAAUCCAGGACAGAGAGAAAGAUGUGAAGCUGCUUCAACAGGAGGUGGAGGCCGUCAGUCGCUCUGCUGAUAAAGCAGUGGAGGACAGUGAGAAGAUCUUCACUGAGCUGAUCCAUCUCAUCCAGAAAAGAAGCUCUGAUGUGAAGCAGCAGAUCAGAUCCCAGCAGGAAACUGAAGUGAGUCGAGUCAAAGAGCUUCAGGAGAAGUUGGAGCAGGAGAUCACUGAGCUGAAGAGGAAAGAUGCUGAACUGGAGCAGUUCUCACACACAGAGGAUCACAACCAGUUUCUACACAACUACCCCUCACUGUCACAACUCAGUGAACCUACAGACUCAUCCAGCAUCAAUAUCCAUCCUCUGAGCUACUUUGAGGAUGUGACAGCAGCUGUGUCAGAGCUCAGAGAUCAACUACAGGACAUCCUGAGGGAGAAAUGGACAAACAUCUCACUGACAGGGACUGAAGUGGAUGUUUUGCUAGCACAACAAGAACCCAAGACCAGAGCUGAGUUCUUAAAAUAUUCAUGUGAAAUCACACUGGAUCCAAACACAGUAAACACACGUUUGUUAUUAUCUGAGGGGAACAGAAAAGCAAAACUAACAAGUCCAGAUCAGUCAUAUCCUGAUCAUCCAGACAGAUUUGACUUCUGGCCUCAGUUGCUGUGUAGAAAUGGUCUGACUGGUCGCUGUUACUGGGAGGUCGAGUGGAACGGAGGAGUUUUUAUAUCAGUGACUUACAGAGGAAUUAGAAGGAGAGGGCGCAGUAAUGACUGUGUGUUUGGAAGGAAUGAUCAGUCCUGGAGUCUGUACUGCUCUGCUGAAUAUAACUCUGUCUGGCACAAUAACAGAGGAAUCGUCAUCUCUCCCCCCUCCUCCUCCUCCUCCUCCUCCGUCUCUUCUGUCUCUAACAGAAUAGCAGUGUAUGUGGACUGCCCUGCUGGCACUCUGUCCUUCUACAGAGUCUCCUCUGACACACUGAUCCACCUCCACACCUUCAACACCACAUUCACUCAACCUCUUUAUCCUGUGUUUGGGUUCUGGUUUGGCAGGAUUGGGUCCUCAGUGUCUCUGUGUUCUCUGUAAGAUGGAGACUGUCCUCUUGUUUGAGAAACAUUCUCAUGUCAUUUAGUACCAACCUGAUCUAUCACUAGUUGUAAAUGCAGUGUCUUAAUCUGACAUGGUUUCCACAUGACUGCUGGCCUGUUUGUCAUUCAUAUAUAUAUAUAUAUAUAUAUAUAUAUUACUGAAAAACAAUGUUAUACCUAUUCUGAUACUUUGACAUUUACACUAACACUUGAUGUGAUGUUCUAUGAUCUGGUGUAUGGUGAAACUACUUUGCAGAGAUAACAGAGGCCAGCAGCACCUGUCUGUUGAAAGGACAAUGACAGACUGUGAGUGUGUGUAGAGAUAGAAAAGGAGUCCAAACUGCACUGUUCAUUAAGAGAACAAUAGUGAACUAUGUGUGUACAGAUGACUGAGGAGGCCGUACCUAUCUGCUGAAAUUAUAAUAAUGGACUGUUCAGAGCAUGACUUUGUACUUUACCUAAUACAGCUAACUGUACAGUGUCUCUUGCAUGUUUGUACCCGCUUGCAAGUGUAAUAUUAAACCCAGAAAGACA